ACAAAAGAAGAAGAAGAAGAAGUAUUGCUCCUGCGCAGAUUAGGUGGCCACGUGACGUUUCAGGACUAUGUGAAGCAAAGAAGAACGUAAUGUUUUAAUCCAGAGUCAGAAUUGUUUUCUUCUGUUUGUAAUCGGCGUGUUUACAAUGGCGACUGACGCGGUGAAACUCUCCAAAAAUGUGCUCCGGAUGAAAUUCAUGCAGAGAGGUUUGGAUGCAGAGACGAAGAAGCAGCUGCAAGACGAUGAAAAAAGAAUCAUAAGUGAUGAACAUUGGUAUCUGGACCUGCCCGAGCAACAAAGCAAAGAGAACUUCAUAGUGGAAGAGAAGAGUUUUGUUCCGUUUGAAGAGCUUCUGUUUGGCCGCAUGUCCUUUAAAGGCUUCAACCCAGAAGUCGAGAAACUGAUGACGCUCAUGAACCCAAACCAGGCCAAAGAGGAAGUAAAUCCCAACGCUGGCCAAAUGCAGACUGAUGUGACGGACGAGGAGAUGGCGCUCAGGUACCAGAGUUUAGUGGGAAGCAUGAAGAAGAAGUUUGCCAGGAAGCGGGAAAUAAUCAAUUUAGACGACGAGGAUGACCAAGACGUCAAUCAAAAUGUUGUGAAAACAAACCAAGCAAAGAAGAUGUUCCUGAAGCCAAACCUUGACUGACACACUUUAUUUAAAAUUUUUAAUCUUUUUGAGUAACGGACUGCUGCUGACACCGGAGGUUUAACUUCCUGUGUCAGCAACAAUUUUUUUACACUUUGUUUGCUUGUGUGACAACCAGAAAACCCCCCACCAUUGCUUAAGUGUAGGGGAGGCGGUGUGGUUUAUUAAACACAGCAAGUGUUCACA